CUGACCUCGAAUAUACCUCUGUCCCUCGAGCAUAUCAGAAUGGCAACAAGUCCAGGAAGUUCAUCUGCACCUCACAAGAUCAAUGGGUUCUUUAUUCCGACUAAUCUGAUAAAUCUGGAACUAUUGAUUCAGAGAGCAGGCCUCAGUGGCACGACCAUCCACGACCUUCCGCCUGCUUAUCUGAAGUCUGGAUCAAAAGUGACUCAAAAACAGUUUGCUAUGUUCCGGGCUGUAUGCCCGGACACUAUAGACAGCGCGAAGUUACCCGAGCACCUCCAUCGAUAUGUCUCAGAAGGCUCAUUGAGAGCAGCAAUUGACCUAACAAAUGUUUCUUUCGAACUUCACAAAUACAUACAAGCCAUUGAAAAGAGGACCCCAAUCAAAUCCCUCACAGAAAUGGACAUUGACUGGCCUGGGUCCUUUAAGGUUGUUAGGGAGCUUCAAGAACAGGCAAUGUGUAGCCCUACUGAAGGUUCAUACCCCCAUGAGAUCACUGUUAACUCCGCCUGCAUCGUCCUGCUACAAGCCAUCUCACAUCUGGCAUCAGGUGUGGAUGCCGAAUGGUUCCUCGAACCAGCACAGUUCGUGGCGACCUUUGGCAAAGGGAACUAUACAGCUUUGACGGAUGGACAACUUCGCACCAAUUCAGGAAAGACAACCAGUGCGAUUGUUGAGGUGAAAGGAGGACCUCGCACUGAUUAUUCGACUCCCUUGAUGCAAGAGGUCGCUGAAAUAGUAGGAUGGAUCACAGCCGAUCCUCCAGCACGCCCAGCGACAUUGAAUAAGCUUCAUUACCGUCUCUUAGUAUCGCAAAAUGAAUCGGAGGUCUACCUUACGUUUGCCCAAUUUCACCACGACUACGUGGAAUAUUUGGACAAGGAAAAGGGCGUUUUGACGCCGCAUGCAUUUAUCAAGAUAAACCGGUAUGGCGCGUGGAACGUUAAUGUUGCGAAUGAUAUGCGGUCGCUUGCGGUUUUGCUUCUUUCGAUUGUUAUUGAGUUUGCGCAGACUUAA